GGAGGUGGGUUUUAGGAAGCGGAAGGAAGGAAGCCCUUUCGUAGGCCCCGCGCAGGUGUCGGUGAGAGUAGAUCACGGUGCCGCCAGGUCCACGCUGCCCCGCGGCACCUGGACGCGGACUAAGGCGCACGCGUCGCGACGUCUGGCUCCGAGAGCUCCGCUGCCCCGCGCGCGCUAACCUCGAGCUAAGAUUGGCCGGUCUGCGGGCCUCCUUCUUCCGUCAGCCAAUCGCCAGGGAGAACUUCCUGGGUAUUUCCCCCCCCACUCUUCUAGUUUCACUUGGGCCGGCGAGGGGGCGGUGGGCCCGAAAGCCGGAGGUCCGGGAGUGCCAAGAAACUGCAGGCGCCAGCGGCCUGGACUCAACAUCUCUGCGCUGUAAGCGUCGCCGCCGCCCCGAUGAAGUUUCGGAAAGCCUGCCUGCUCGUCCUGCUCUUGGCACUGGCGCAGCUGCUGGCCGUGGCAAGCGCCCAGGAGCCGGACGAAGGGUCUUUGAACCUAGAAGAUGCCACUGAAGAUGAAGAGGAGGAGGAGGAGGAGGAGGAGGAUGAAGACGACUCAGAAGUUAAGGAAGAAAACGGUGUCUUGGUCCUAAAUGAUGUGAACUUUGAUGCCUUUGUGGCUGACAAAGACACUGUGCUGCUGGAGUUUUAUGCUCCCUGGUGUGGCCAUUGCAAGCAGUUUGCUCCAGAAUAUGAAAAAAUUGCCAAGACCCUGAAGGAGAACGACCCUCCCAUUCCUGUUGCUAAGAUCGACGCGACUGCAGCGUCGACACUGGCCAGCAGGUUUGAUGUGAGUGGCUAUCCCACCAUCAAGAUCCUUAAGAAGGGGCAACCUGUCGACUAUGAGGGCUCCAGGACCCAGGAAGAAAUUGUUGCUAAGGUCAAAGAGGUCUCCCAGCCCAACUGGACCCCUCCUCCAGAAGCCACACAAGUGCUGACCCAGGAUAACUUCGAUGAAGUUGUGAACAACGCAGAUAUCAUUCUAGUGGAGUUUUAUGCCCCAUGGUGUGGGCACUGCAAGAAACUCGCCCCCGAGUAUGAGAAGGCCGCCAAGGAGCUCAGCAAGCGCUCUCCCCCGAUCCCCCUGGCGAAGGUCGAUGCCACCACAGAAACUGAGUUGGCCAAGAGAUUUGACGUCUCCGGCUAUCCCACCCUGAAAAUCUUCCGCAAGGGGAAGCCUUUUGAUUACAAUGGCCCACGAGAAAAAUAUGGGAUCGUUGACUACAUGAUUGAGCAGUCCGGGCCUCCCUCCAAGGAGAUUCUGGCCCUGAAGCAGGUCCAGGAGUUCCUGAAGGAUGGAGACGAUGUCAUCAUUGUUGGGGUCUUCGGCGGGGAGAGUGACCCUGCCUAUCAGCAGUAUCAGGAUGCUGCUAACAGCCUGAGAGAAGAUUACAAAUUUCACCACACUUUCAACACCGAAAUAGCAAAGUUCUUGAAAGUCUCCCAGGGGCAACUGGUUGUGAUGCAGCCUGAAAAAUUCCAAUCCAAAUACGAGCCCAAGAGCCAUGUGCUGGACCUUGGGGAUUCCCCAGAGGGGUCUGCCAUCAAGGACCACGUGGUGAAGUACACUUUGCCAUUGGUCGGUCACCGCAAGACCUUCAAUGAGGCCAAGCGGUACACCAAGCGCCCCCUGGUGGUUGUCUACUACAGCGUGGACUUCAGCUUUGAUUAUAGAGCCGCCACCCAGUUUUGGCGGAACAAAGUCCUGGAGGUGGCCAAGGACUUCCCCGAGUACACCUUCGCCAUCGCUGACGAGGAGGACUAUGCCACGGAGGUGAAGGACCUGGGGCUCAGCGAGAGCGGGGAGGAUGUCAAUGCAGCCAUCCUGGAUGAGAACGGGAAGAAGUAUGCCAUGGAGCCAGAUGAGUUUGAUUCUGACACUCUCCAGGAAUUUGUGACAGCUUUCAAAAAAGGAAAACUGAAGCCAGUCAUCAAAUCCCAGCCCGUGCCCAAGAACAACAAGGGGCCGGUAAGGGUUGUGGUGGGGAAGACCUUCGACUCCAUCGUGAUGGACCCCAAGAAGGACGUCCUCAUUGAGUUCUACGCCCCGUGGUGCGGGCACUGCAAGCAGCUGGAGCCCGUGUACGCCGCCCUGGGGAAGAAGUACAAGAACCAGAAGAACUUGGUGAUUGCCAAGAUGGACGCCACCGCCAACGACGUGACCAGUGACCGCUACAAAGUGGAGGGCUUCCCCACCAUCUACUUCGCCCCCAGUGGUGACAAAAAGAACCCAAUUAAAUUUGAAAGCGGAGACAGAGACCUGGAGCAGUUGAGCAAGUUUGUAGAAGAACAUGCCACGAAACUGAGCAGGACCAAGGAAGAGCUUUGAAGACCUUGAGGCAGAGGGUGGGAAGGGACCAGACACAUCGUAGCUUCCAGCAGCCAGUUGCCAGAGGAGCCCGAGGGAGCCGUGUGGGCAGGGGGUAUUAAUACAAUUGCAGUAUCUUGAUUUUUUUUUUUUUUUUUUUUAACAGUUUGAUAUUUCACCUCAUGCUCUGAGUACUGAAUAGAUACAAGUGGCUCUAUAGUUUAGUCAAGAUUUUUAUGGAGGAUUCAUCUAUUUUUAUCAUUACUUGGGGUUUGAUUUAUUUUUUUUACCUUCCACCUUCUUUAAUGUUUUUCCUCAGAGCAGAUAGGAUGAAUCUCUUGUGUGUGAAUAAGUUUUUUUUUUUUUAAUUUAAAAUUUAAAACAAAACAAAACAUCGUUUGCCAAGUCAUGUUGAUUUUGCCUUUUUCAUUUUGUUAUCUGAGGAGUUGUUAAGGAUUUGUUGACUAUCGAUGUGAUUUAGUUUUUGAUUUCUUCAUGUCAUGGCACUAAGUGAGGACCGUGGCCAAGGACCCUGCCAAGGAUGACACUUCAGUCUGACCUUUGACCCACCACCCGGUUGAGAGAGAAGAGCCGUCUCCGGCAGGACAGUGCAUAGCCGUGCCUUUUCCCUUCAAUCCCAGGACACUGUGUGGAGGAACGUUCCCCCAUGUUCCCCCCAACCCUCUGAGCCAGGUUCUGAGGCUCUGCUUUGCAAAGAGGCUGCCCACCUGUGGUGGCCUGACUUCUUCAGAAUCUCCGUGUGUGGAUUAGAGAUGACAUAAGACGCAGAGGUAGAUACUUUCGGGUGAUAGAAAAUAGGGUAAGCUGUCAUUGUAGAAUUUAAAGAAUUAUGAACCACCGUAACUGUGUUAGGAAACAUUAGCUUUGCUGAUGUUGAAGCAGUGGGGUUGAGUUGACGUGGUGAAGCCCGACUUGGGCUUGGGCAGGGAGGGGCUCUGACCACAGGCUUCUAGGAGGCUCUGUAGCCUGUAAAAUACAAAUUACAUCAUGUGCUGCCCAAAAUUCCUAGAGGAGUAUCAUCAGUGAUCCUCAGGCGUGAGUUUCAGUGGUAGCACUUCAGGAAGUGUCAGCCCCUGGGCAUGUGUAGCUUCUGUCUUGAUGGGGAAGGGGCUGAAGGACAAGGAGCAUCUGUGCCAGUGCUGCAGCGAGGAGGGGGUAGGACAGCAACCUGGGCCAGCCCUGACUUACGUUGCUCUGUGUCCUCCAGGCUCUCAGGAUUUGUGUGUGGUACAAAUGAGUUUCAUUCCAGAGGUUCCUUCACCGAGAUAUGCCAUCUCCACAGUUCUCAAUCCACUCCUACCCCCCCAUCAUUCACCUUCUCUUAAUUUUAACUGAAACAAAAGUGGCAAUGGUGAACAUUCUUGAGCUGGUGGCAUCUCUUUUUGUGGUGAUUGGUGUGUUUGUUGCAGGGGUUGGGUGGGGGGUGCAGCAGGCAGCAAAUGGGUUUCAGGGGAAGGGGCAGCCUGGGUGGUCAUUUCCCUGAAUUAUCUGCAGUCAAGUUGAGACCGGGGAUUGUGGAUGGUGCCUGGUCAGUCCUCAGACUUUUCAGUGUGACAUGAAGCCUCUUGCACCCCCCUCAAUGCCCUUCUCCAUCAGGAAAACAAGGGGCUUCCAGUCCUGGGCUAGGACCUUUUUUUCAGGGACCUUAUGCAAGAAAUCUAAAAGGAGUAAAUGUGGAUGCGGGGGCAGCACUUAAAGGCACUUUCUUGAAUUGAAAGUAAUAUUCAUUCAACACUGUGCUAGGAAAAUAAAGUGGUUCUUGUCCUUA